AUGCGAUUCGUGCGACAGCCAUUAACGAUACGCGUUAUGAAUUACGACGACAGAUUACGGUCGAUGGGAGGGGAUAACGCUGAGAAACGCAAGCAUGGUACAAUGCUGCCGAAUACUAUACGCGCAAUCAUUUGCGGCCCCUCGAAUUGUGGUAAAACCAACGUUUUGAUAAGCUUACUGGAAAGUCCACACGGUGUAUGUUUCGAGAAUGUGUACGUAUACUCGAAGUCGUUGCAACAACCGAAAUAUCAGUACUUGGAGAAGCUAUUGACGUCUAUCGAUGAAAUCGAUUACUUUACAUUCUCUAAUAACAGUGACGUUAUUCCACCGAUGGUACCUGCAUUUAAAAAAGGAAGCCCUGUAUGGCAUUUUUUUAUAAAAAAUUCAACUGGUGGCACUUGCAAAAUUUGCUCUACUGACGUAAAAUCUGGUGGAUCCGGUGGAAACACUACCAAUUUAAAAAACCAUUUGGUGCGAAAGCAUCCAGGCAAUCCUGAUAUAAAACAAAUGUUUAUAAAAGAUGCGAAACUGACUGCUGAAAAUGCUGAAACUGUCAACAUGCAACGGACAAAUAAAUUAGUGAAUUCUACAGAUGAUAAUCAAACUGCGUGCUCAACCUCAAGAACGCCGACGUCGAUAUCAUCAAUGCCCGCAAUGCCGUCGUCAGCAUUGAUAUUAUCAAUACCGUCACCGGCAUCGACAGUCAUGGAAUUAGAUUCGAUGACCUCUAGGUCUAAUGUUUCUUCACCAACAGCUUCAAUGAAUUCAAUAGAGUCAGAACUGUCUGGAAGAUUAUCUUCGAAUAAAACGUCUCGUUUGCAGCCAAGAAUUGAUAACACUUUCAAGCAAAUGAAAUCGUUUGAAGGAGGAUCAAAAGCUGGGGAAAUAACCAACGCCAUACUUUUCAUGCUCGCCAAAGAUAAUAUGCCCUUUAAUACUGUGAAAAAAGAAGGUUUCAAAUACCUUAUUAAGACUACUGUUCCUUUGUACAAUGUUCCUGGAAGAAAAUCUAUUACUAAAUAUAUGGAAGAAAAAUACAACUACCUAUCAUCAGUUACAAAAGAUAGGCUAAAUACCACCCAGCAUAUUUCGCUCACAUCUGACCUAUGGACCGAUGUACUCAACACCGUGAGUUAUUUAGAAAUGACAGCACAUUAUGCGUUUGAAGACGAACUGCGAUCCACAACGAUAGGUGUAACUGAAGUAACGGAACGACACACAGCUGAGGUUUUAGGGAGGUGGAUAGAAAAUAUAAUGGAUGAUUGGAACAUCGAUAAAGACAAUGUUGUUGUAAUGGUGACAGACAAUGGAUCAAACAUUGUGAAGGCAGUUCACGAUACAUUGGGAUCUAAUAAACAUCUUCCGUGCUUUGCUCACACGUUAAAUUUGGUUGCUACACACACCAUGGAUUUUGAUGAUGCAACAGUUUUGGUGACGAAGAUAAAAACAAUUGUAACCUUUUUUAAACAGUCCUCAAUUGCUGCCAAUGAGUUACGGAAAAUCAGCGCCCUCAAGUUAACACAGUGUGUUGAUACGCGUUGGAAUUCUAUCUACUAUAUGUUGGAACGCUUCAUUAUGUUGGCAGAUACAGUUGGAUCAAUUUUAUUGAAAAUGCCAAGCUCACCUCCAAUGUUGACGGCAGCUGAACUGCUACUCGCGAAAGAAGUUCUAGAAGUCUUGCGACCAAUUGAACAAAUGACGAAAGAACUGUGUGGAGAAAAGUAUGUCACAAUCAGCAAAAUGAUUCCAAUGAUCUACUGCCUGAAAAAGGAAAUUGAAUCGCUUUGCAUGCGCCUGCAGACGUUAACCGCACGAACUUUAAUAGAUCGCCUCCAGAAGCAAAUCGUGAAAAGAUUUGGACACAUAACAAACAAUCGUAUUAUUGCGGUUUCGACAAUACUGGAUCCUCGAUUUAAUCGACUGCAUUUUCAGCAGAACGAACGUGUAGCAUGUGCGCAAUCAGUCAAUUUCAUUGCUAAAUGUAUGAGAGAAAUUGACCGAACGAAUACUUCUAACGAUAACGCAAUAAUAACUGAACCCAACGUUGAGAAACUUGAGACGUCGAAUAAUUUAUGGAUGUAUCACAAAGACCUUGUUAAAGGACAAAUUGCAAAUGACGAAGAAAGAAACCAAAACGAAAUGCCAACCAAUCUAAGGCAUUAUUUAAAUCAACCACUGGCACAGUUAGAAGAAAAUCCAAUGUUUUAUUGGUCUAAGCAGUACAAAAUGAUGUACCCAACGCUUAGCGAAGUUGCAAAAAAGUACUUGCCCGUGGUUGCAACGUCGGUACCUUCCGAGAGAUUAUUUUCACGAGCUGGUAAUAUUUUAACUGAGGACAGAAACCGACUUUCUCCAGAUCACCUACAGCAAUUAUUAUUUUUAAAUUCCUUGACAGCCGAAGAAUGGCAGUUGAAAGACUGA